GCUGAAUAUAAGACGCCGGCGACGUUUCCUUUCUCUCUGCAUAAACAUGGACCCAGAAGAGGGAAGAGAGAAGGCAGAAGUCACCCUUGAAGAUGAUCCUUCCAACAAAACGAUGGUCCAGAUAGAUCUUCUUCCACAGGAGAUUCUGCUCGACAUUCUAUCAAGACUCCCGAUCACCUCUCUGAUCUACUUCAAGAUCACUUCCCAUGCCGGCUAUAAUUUAAUCGCCGAUCCAAGACUCCCUCCGAUGUUCCGCAAUCGGAUAAGCGACUCAAACCCGUGUCUGAUUCUGUUCAACUACAAUUCCCCUGUGUCCCGGCAACUCUAUUUUUUGGAUAGUAAAGGUUGUGGUAGAAGGGUUAGGAAAAUCGGCGCACCACAGCAUUCAAGAGUUUCUAAUCUGGUGGGUUCUUGUAAUGGGCUGUUAUGCGUAUCCUAUCCUACAGUCGGUGGUUCAUUUGCGACUCACAGUCUGCUAAUUUACAAUCCUUUUGUUAGAGACGCUGUGAGAGUCCCACCAGCGAACCGAUUUCUGAAUCAAAGUGAAGUCUUUGGAUUUGGGUUUCAUCCAAGGACAGGAGAAUUCAAAGUGGUCAGGAUUGUGUACUAUGAGAAGAUCAUGACGGUAGCAUCCCUGGCGGCAGAUGUGGAAGUAGUGGAUGAAGGAUUCGCCCCCGUUUAUGAAUCAAUGAUUCAGGUGUUUACCGUAGGAACAACGGAGUGGAGAAAAAAAGGAGCUCCGCCUCCACAGUUCACGGUUGGACCACCUGAGGCCCUAGUGGAAGGAUCUCUCCAUUGGGUGGUUGUUGUUGAGAUGGGAGGAGGCGGUCCUAUGUUUGGUAUUCUUUCCUUCGACCUUGCAGAUGAGGUGUUCGAGGAAAUUCCGCACCCACCUUGUCAACGACUUAUGUCACAUGGAUACAGUCUUUCCGUGCUCAAUGAGUGUCUAUCGGCUGUUGGAUUAGUUGAAACUGGGCAUUUUGAUAUCUGGGUGAUGAAGCAACACCAUGUCAAGGAAUCUUGGGUAAAACAAUUCUCCUUUGAUCCCUAUUUACCUCGUGGAUGGCCAAUUAAUACUUCAUGCUCAGUUAGCAGACUUCCGAAAAUCAUUUGUGCACUGAAGAAUGGUGAGAUUCUGCUGCAGUAUAACAACAGGUCUCUGGUUUCUCAUGAUCCUGUAGAAAACAGAUUCACGACUCUUCAAAUAAGUGGGUUACCCGAUCAGUUCCAGGCCCUUCCUUUUCUACCAUCUCUUUUCUCAGCAAAAGCAACCAUGAAUUUGCAAUUUUAACUUCCCUUUGUAUGUCAGACUAUACUACUAGUUGUUUUAGUUUCUGUUGAAUCUUUGAUCAUCAAUCAAUCAGAUGAUAAUGUCUAUCUUCUAGUCAAAUGCUUUCUUUUAUUGGUUAAGUUUUAUGAUCAAACCCAAGCCAGGAAAAUCUGACCUCUACCAUGCCUCCUGUGGUGUAAUGAGUUAAUCAAAAUUCAAUGCAUCA